UCGUUACUAUUCGUUCUGUCAACAUCUUCAUCGUACGACGUAUAUGUCUCCCUGUGAAUGGCCAAGAUUAUAUCGUAUUUUUUUUUUUAAGUUAUGAGAGUAUAGUCUGGGUUUAUUAGACACUUAUAACCAGUAAUCAUGGAUGCAAGAGUGACAGUAAACUUUGUUUGCCAACGUUGCCUGCAUCCAAUCCAGUUGGAUCCUGGAUUUUCCCAUCUAAAUGAACACAUUCUUGCUGAACUAGCAUUGCCAAUAUUCCCUGGUGAGGAAGCAGAAUUUGAUGCAUCAGAAGUAGACAAGUUAGUGCCUCCACUACAGUUGACAGAUUCCGGCCAUCACCCACAUGGAUUUACCUUAGUAGGAGAGUCUGGGGACACAGAGAAAUCACAGCCCCUAAAGGUAGCGACUGGGUUGUAUGACCUGGUCAGCUCAAAUAGUGACAUUGACCACCCUCUUUGUGAAGAAUGCACAGAUGCCUUGCUUGACCUAAUGGACACCACACUCUCGCGCACCCAGAGACAAGCACAGAUGUCCCAGCAACUGCUCAAUUCCCUUGCUGAUAUGCCAGAUAUGGAUGUAACAGCUUUGGAGAGUGAAUUGAAAAAUCUGCAAGCCGAGGAAGAGAGACUCCUUGCAGAACUGUCUGAGGUGGAGGCUGAGCAGAAGGCCGCAAGAGAGGUUCUAGAGAAACACGAGGAGGAGAAAGCACGACUGGAGGAUGAGGAGGAGAGAUACUGGAGGGAAUACUGCACACACAAGUCUCAGCUCACAGCCAUGGAAGAUGAGAACAGAAGCUUGAAGAGUCAGCUGAGCUACACACAGAACCAGUUGGAGAAGCUCAAGAAGACCAAUGUAUUCAACACCACUUUCCACAUCUGGCACUCGGGCCACUUUGGCACCAUCAACAACCUGCGCUUAGGACGGUUGCCAACGGCCCCAGUGACAUGGCCAGAGAUCAACGCAGCCUGGGGACAGACAGUGCUGCUCCUGGCCUCACUCGCCAGAAAGAUAGGACUGAAGUUCUCCAAACACCGCCUGGUUCCAUACGGCAACCACUCGUAUAUUGAGGUUGUGGGAGAAAGCCGGGAGCUACCCCUAUAUGGCUCAGGAGGCUUCCGGUUCCUAUGGGAUACAAAGUUCGAUGCAGGCAUGGUAGCCUUUCUGGAGUGUGUGGCAGAGUUCCAACAGCACGUAGAAGCACAGGGAGGCCAGGCAGCACGCUUCUGUCUGCCGUACCGGAUCAACAAGCACUUCAUUGAGGACCCUUCUUCAGGAAAUUCUUUCUCAAUCAAGAUGCAGUUUAACAGUGAGGAACAGUGGACAAAAGCACUCAAGUUCCUUCUAACAAACCUCAAGUGGGGCCUCACCUGGGUGUCGUCUGCUCUCUUCUCAAGCACUCAGGGUGAAGGAUAAGCACAAAGUUGGAAUGAAAAAGAGAAUGAGGUUGUGAAAGGGAUGGCAGAUAACAGCCUAACUGCUUGGAAGGUGAUAGAGAAUGAUGUUUGUGGUUGGGACUGGAUUUAUGCAUAUACUUUUUUUUUCUUGCAUAUUCUUUCUUUCUUUCCUUCUUCUUCUUCUUCUUCUUCUUCUUCUUCUUCUUCUUCUUCUUCUUCUUCUUCUUCUUCUUCUUCUUCUUCUUCUUCUUCUUCUUCUUUUCUUUCCUUCUUUCUUUCUUUCUUUCUUUUUUAUAAGUGUGAGUUUGAGGCUAGUUGAUUUUAGGUGAUUUAAAUGUGAACAAUGUACAGUAAGGUUUGGCAAAUAUAUCAAUUUUAUUAUUUUGACAAUCUGUUUGAUGCAGAGGAUUGGAAAUGUUCAACACAAAAAUGUCAAACACUGUUCCAAGUCAUUAAAAAUUUGCUUGUGUUUUUGAAUUCAGUCUGUAUGAAUGAUAUAUGAAAUAUUUUAAAGUGGUGAUCUGAUCAUACUUUUUUUUUAUUAGCAGAUAAUAUUAACAUUAAUUUAUUUGAUUAUAUACUUAAGUACUGUCUAUCAAUAGUGUAUAACACAACCCCAUGUAAUAAUAUCAGGAAAUAUGCAGUUUUAUGUGCACUGUAUUCACACUGCAUAUUAUUUUUUCCCUGUGAUAUUUUGUAUGUAUCAUAUAGUAAAUAUGGUGUAGUGAUAAUGCAUAAAACAUAUAUGAUGAGGAUUAUCAUUUUUCUCCCAAGAAUAAAGAUUAUUAGAAUUUA